UGGCUACCAAUUGUCAAUUUAUACAUUAUGACUUCUUAUACUAAAUUUUUUUUAAAUCUCGAAUUCAAUAUGAUUGCUUAAAUGCUUACAUUAUCGCAUGUUUUGAACUUACAUCGUUAAUUAAGCGACAUACAAAUUAUAACUGCAUAAUUGGAGUGGCUGGGCUUGUAUUCAAUGCAAAUGCGUUGACACAAAUUUAACGGGAUCGAUCAAUGUCUUUGCAUAAAAUCAUAGCAUCUGCUUUUCGUAAAACAUGACUCGUUUUCAUCAAAUCCAAAAAAUCAUCAGAAGUAUUUCAUUUUUCGUAUGUCAUGAAAUACAAACGAUUGUGUUCCGAAUUAAAAAUGAUGUGUUAUUAUUUCCGGUUUAAGAAUUUUUAUUCGUCAUAUAUAAGUUUAAAAGUUUACAUGUUCAGUAGCACAACAUCGCUCACAUGUGCCAACUCAAAAGUAUCAUUCCAAAUCAACAUGUUACUUGAAAUUUACAAACAUGUAUGAGUUUUGUAUGAUUUGACAACGCUUGUCAACGCUGCUAGAGAACACGAGCACACAGAUACUAAUUUUAUACAUAUAAUAAUAUCGAAUAUAGAACUUUGAAAUCGCCGCACACAAUAGGCAUGUAUUUUGGUGGGUCAAGCGACACAAUCGUGUGUAAUUUUUAAUUCGUUCAAGAAUUUCAGUUCAUUUGAAUAUAUGCGUACGCGUCGUAUAUUUUAUAAUUAAUAAUUCGAUCAUCAAUCUAAAAAAUCGUUUGCUUCCUUCACAUUCCAUAUAUUUAUUUAUACAUUUUCUAGAAUUCAUAUAGAAUAAAAACGCGAUCGAGUGAUAUUUUUUCGCACAUUUGUGAAGAUCAUACAUUUUUUUCUUCGUGCUAAACACGCAUAGUUCAUGUUUCAAAGCUGUUGUCAUCAUGGGUGAUUGAGUGUUAAACGAUGCCUCUGCCUUUCUUACUCUAUCUCAUCGAAAUGAUGAUUAACCCAUUGAAUGCUUGCGGACCGAUUUCAUACAAGAUUAUUAACAGGCAUACAAUGAUUUUUGGAUAGGAUAGAUGCUUGAUAGUUUAAGCAAGUCAUUUAAAUUGAAAGAAAAUCGUCUGUAAAAUGUGGUCGAAUGAAGAUAGUAACUUAUUGAUUGAAACGAUUGAAUCUCAAGUUCUAACAACAAUCCCAAUCACUUCAACGAAUAACAAUCACGAAUUUACCGGCAACAUACAUGAUAUUAUUCAUGAUUGGGACCAAAUCGCCAACAAGGUCAAUCGAUCCGUGAUCGAUUGUCAAAGACAAUGGAAUUCAUUGAUUCGCACAUUUCUAUUCGCAACAAAUCGAGUGAAUACGGAUCAAAACGAUAUGCGUCGCAGUCCCGUAUAUGCAAUUCAUUGGCGAAAUAUUGAGAAAAUGAUGUUUUUAAUUCCAUACAUUGGCAAAUACAAACGAUAUGAAAGUUCGACUGAACAGCAAAAAACUGAUAUGAUUGUGAAAGAAACUUGCAAUAAAAUGUCGAAACAAUGCGAAUACGAUAAAAUAACCCCACAAAUGUUAAGAGAUAUCGUAAAAGAGAUGUUGAAAACUAAAUCGACACCAGAAUGUGCCAAAGAACUUAUAAAAAACCUUAAGAAAUUUUGUCAGAAUGAAAGUUACUUAGAUAAAUUGACAUACAUGAUCGAAUUGAAUACGAAAGAAUGGGACCAAAGGUCAAAGCAGAAGUUUUUACAAUGGUACCAUAAACAUCUUCGAAAAAUAGAGGCCAAACCAUAAUGAUCAAAAUCGAUUUUGUCCACACUUACCAUGAGAAUAUCAUCAUCUUAUA